AUGUGGUUUCUACGACGUAUAUUCAUUUUAUUUAUUGUAAUACUAAUCAAUUACAAUAUUUCUUCGACAAAUUCUAUUGAAUUAACAGCUGUACAAUUGAAACAUGAAAAAGCUGUUUCAGAAAUUCGAAAAUUAGAAGAUGAUUUAAAAAAAGGUCAACAACAAUUUAAAAUUGAUCGACAAAAUUUUGAAGAAGAAAAGAAACAAUUACAGAAAUCUGUUAAAGAUCAUGAUGUUAUUCAACUCAAUGUUGGUGGUGAAAUCAUAAUGACUACUCGUCAAACACUUACUCGUAUUUCAAAAUCAACUCUUGCAACAAUAUUCAAUGGUAGAUGGGAACAUAAAUUAUCAUUAGAUCAAAAUAAAAAUCUCUUUUUUGAUUUUAAUCCUAUUCUUUUUCGUCAUCUAAUUGAUCAAUUACAAGUAUUAGAUACAAAUCAUCCAAUUCAUUUGUAUUUACCUUCAGACUCUUCACUUGUAGAACCUUUUAUAAAAAUGCUUCGAAAAUUAGGCCUUGAUCAAUUUUUAUCAUCAAAAGAAAAGAAUAUUUUAACUUUUAAUGUUGGUGGUGAAAUAAUUACAAAUCAUCGUUCAACAUUUACUCAAGUUAUAAAUUCUACAUUUAAUACUAGUAGUCUACCUUCGAAAACAAUAAAUAGUGAUGUUUUUCUUGAUUAUAAUCCAAAAUUAUAUCAAGAUUUGAUCAAUCAAUUACGAGAAGUACCAUCUAAAAACAUCCGUUAUUUUGAACCAACACUUCCAAAAGAUACAAAGCCGUUCAAAAGAAUGCUCACUGAAUUAAAUUUGAGUGGACAAACAUAUUCUCCAGUAAAAAUUGAUAAGAAUACUAAAUGGAUAAACAAUGGAAGUACUAUAAUUGGUGGACAUGGUAAAGGUGAUGGUUUAGCUCAACUUGAUUGGCCAGAAAGUAUUUAUAUUGAUGAUGAUGAUCAUAAGAUUUAUAUUUCUGAUUCUAAUAAUCAUCGUGUUGUUGAAUUGAAAUUCGAUUCAACGAUUGGUCAAAUUGUUGCAGGUGGAAAUGGACAAGGAAAUCGAAUUGAUCAAUUAGAUUAUCCAGCAGAUGUAAUUGUUGAUAAAAAGAAUGAUUCUCUUAUCAUUUGUGAUAGUAGAAAUAGACGAGUAGUACGAUGGUGUCGUCAAGAUACUACACAUGGACAAACAAUUAUAUUUGAUAUUGAUUGUUACGGUUUAGCAAUAGAUAAUAAUGGAGAUCUUUAUGUUUCUGAUUUAGUAAAAAAUGAAGUAAGACGAUGGAAAAUAGGAGAUACGAAUAGUAUUCUAGUAGCUGGUGGUCAUGGAGAAGGACAUAAUCUUCAUCAAUUAUAUCUUCCAACUUCUAUAUUUGUUGAUCAAGAUCAUACAGUUUAUGUAUCAGAUGAAAAAAAUCAUCGUGUUAUGAAAUGGAUGAAAAAUGCAAAAGAAGGUAUCGUUGUUGCUGGUGGACAUGGUAAAGGAAAUAGCUCCAACCAAUUAUCUUAUCCUAGAGGAGUAGUUGUUGAUCAUUCGGGUAAUAUUUAUGUAGCUGAUUCUAGAAAUCAACGAAUAAUGCGUUGGUCCAAAGGAUCUGAAGAAGGUAGUAUUGUUGUUGGUGGAAAUGGUCAAGGAAAACAAUCAAAUCAACUUCAUUUUCCCAAAGGUUUAUCAUUUGAUCAACAAGGUAAUCUUUAUAUCGUCGAUUGGGACAAUAAUAGAGUACAAAAGUUUGAUGUUGACUUAGAUUAA